AGUCGGUGCUCGGUCGGUGGUCUGUGAGGGCGUGUCGGGGACGGUGUGCCGCGCGGUCCAACAACAGGUGGGGUCGUCCCCUGAUCGGCGAGUCGCGGAGCGGCGCUGACCCCUGACCCGGCCAGGGCUGACCCCUGACCCGGCCAGGGCUGACCUCUGACCUCGCCCGGUGACAGUCCCAGCUGGGAUACUGUUCAGCUGCUGCUGCUCAGUCUACAGUGGUGCUGCAGAGUUGACCUGACCUGACCUGACCUGGGCGCGGCCGCCAGCCAUGGGCGCCGGCCAGUCCCAUUCGGAGGACGGCCAGGCUGUCAACGAGGAGAUAAACUUCGACCAUUUUCAAGUCCUGAGAGCUAUCGGAAAGGGCAGUUUCGGAAAGGUAUGCAUCGUGCGGCGGAAGAGCAACAGCCAGAUGUACGCCAUGAAGUACACCAACAAGCGACAGAGUCUGGAGAAGGAGGCGAUUGCCAACGUGAUCCGCGAGGUGCAGAUUCUCUCCUCACUGGACCAUCCGUUUAUCAUCAACCUAGUCUUCUCUUUCCAAG